AUGGCACAUGCUGGGAGUAUAGCUCCUCGUCGCAAAGCUACAACGUAUGGCAAGCAUUCGCGCAGGCCAAUUUCGAAUCUGAGCUCAGCUACGGAGGUUGAGUUUGCUCAAAACGUUGGUGCUAGCACAUUGGAUCCCACAGACACAAUUCGGCAUUGGCAGGGCGAUGGCAGAAACGCAUCAUCAGAUUUGCUACAUCGCCGGAGCGGAAGCGAGAUUCCAUCUGAGAGUUUGUCUCGCCAAGCAUUAUCAUCUAAACCAAAGCCUAGAGAUCAACAUCGCUCUUCCUCCGGUCGUAGCGACCCUGUUAAAGACGUUUCUUUGUAUGACGUACCAGUAUCAGAUGACGGCCGCAAACACAGCGUCAAUAUAGCGCGUAAAAGGAGAAAAAUCAUGCCAAGCGGAGUUGUUGCAGAAAAACAAUCGGUGGUAUACGACGACGACAGCCUCCAAAGACACAUUGCUGCUGAGGCUCGGCGAGAUGAAGGACAGAUUCUGCCUUCGCCCAGCAACACUUGGGCCGUGCAAGAAUCUAAGUCUAGGCGUGGCGCUGCGAAGAGUCAAGCGGGAGCACGAGGUAGUCCCAACAAAGGCGCGAGUGAGACUUCGAGAUCUUUCAAAAACUCUACACUGGACCCUGAGCGCAUUGGAAUUGAUGCUACAGCCGUGGACCGGACCAAAGGCCGCUUAGUUGCUCGAAAGCAGUCCAAGGGACUUGACAGGGCCAAUGUCAUCUCUCACAGAGUGCAGAAGACCAAUACAGACCCCACUAAGACUACUGCGCGGCCAACGACACCGGAUACGGUGUUGGCUAAAUUCGGUCUACAAGAAGCAACCAACGUUCCUAGAAGCCCUUAUACCUCGAGCAAAUCUGUCUGCCAACCAACGACGCCUCCGAGGCCUACCAGUGCCGCAGACGGGGCUACUACCCCGCGUCAACGAGAGCUGUGGAACAGACUGCUCGUAGACGAUGCACAGACUAGGAGUCCCUCUAGUCUCAACCUCCCUAGUCUCAUACUCACAGAGAAAAAUCCCGAAGGCUCGCGUGGACAUGCAGAAGGACGCAAAGUUUCCUUGGGACUCCGUCAACAGUCUGCGCUCAAGGCUCGGCCUAGAAAGAUCGUCGACACUCUGCAUCGAUCAGACCAUGAUCAGGACAACUUCUAUAACGAGUUUGAUGAGAUGCGUGGGAGUAGUAGCAGUGUCAAUAAGUCCGAGUCCAAUUAUUCCGAGUCCGCCGCAGAUGGCGCCAUCACGGUGCAAACAUCCCCAAGCGCAGAAGGCCGGGGCCUGGUCAGCCAAUUCCAAGAUCGUUCUUCCAAUUCUCCUCAGGCCAUACCUUCACUCUAUGGAGGAGGCCUUAAGAUUACAUAUGCUCGCCAAAGGUCUUAUCUAACAGACAAUGACUUGGCAGAGGCUGCAAUGAUCGGCUUGCCAGUUCCGCCGCAACCUAACGACAGAACACGGUACGGACGAAGAGGGCUCGGAGACCGGGCUCCCAAAUUGCAGUCCAUGCAAAGCCUUGACGAGGAUUUCGGGGACCUUGUAGACUCGCAAGGUGGGACUAUGAGGAGUAUCCAUGAACUACGUGAGGCUGGUGGCAACGUUCGCCUGGUCAGCGAGCUGGAAGCUAUCUUGGAUGACAUUGGCGACCACCAACCUGGCUAUACCUCUGUCAGGCGUAGCAGAUUGAUUGACUUGGUCACUAAGCUUGAAGAGCCUGCCAAUUGCCGCCUGUUCGUUGAUCAAGGAUUGGAAAGUCGCCUAAUGGCUGACGUUGGCUUGAGCAAUGACUUGAUAACUAACGGCCUCCUGGUUGCAGCAUUUCUCCAGCUCAUGACCUGUUCGUCAUCGACUUUAUUGUUAACGCAGGUCAGUAAAGUUCGGGUAGUGAGAUUUUUUGUUGAGCUCCUGGGAUCUGACCAGGAUAUUCUUUCCUAUGCCGGACUGCGUGGAAACAACGUGUCCAAGGUGGUCCAGGCUGAUCUACAGAACCUUUGCUCUGCCUUGCUGAAAUCCACAGUCUGGAGGGCGGGUAAACCGUCAGUGCUCUCAUGCCACGUGCUGUCGCUCCAGUGUCUUGAAUAUCUUGUGCGUCAAACAAGAGAAGCGGGAUCUUUGUCUGAGGUACUUUCAGCACAUGCGAUCAGGCGCGUAGUCGCUACAUCGGUGCCACCUUUUUCGACGCUGCCACCACAACCAGGUAAAAUCUCAGUCAUCUGCCUCGAGCUUGCAGUUUCCAUACUUGAAUCAUGCACCAUCAGUAACGCGGCUGAAUGUCAGGCGUCCUUGUGGGCAGGCGAAACGCUCGAGCGCGUUAUCGGUCUUCUACCGCUACUGGCUCUGUGGAAAGGAGAAGAGUGCGGAACGUCGCGAACACUGACGCUUCGGCUAUACCUCAAUCUCACCAACAAUAGCCCUGGUCUAUGCGAGGACUUCUCAAACCCUGAGGUGAUUAGCGUGAUGUUUGGAAUUGUAAUUUCACACUUCGAAAAGCUGGCAGACAGCACGCUUGAAAUCGACAAAGCACUUCUGUUGGACGACUUGAUACUUUCUCUAGGCUCUUUGAUCAACCUCGCCGAUUUAUCUAAAAUAGCACGGCAGUUGGUGAUGGAUCUACGCCAUGGGAGCCAAAGCUACUUGGACAUCCUAUUACAGCUCUUCAUGAAUAAGUCCAAAAACGCGGCCGAAGUUUCCUCUUUGGAAGAGACUAGCUCCAAUGUUGCUUUCGGGUGGGUGUCAGUGCUACUCGGCUGGCUGUGCCUCGACCCAGCAAUCAAAGCGCGAAUAGACAGCCGCCUUCCGGGAAAUAGCCUGAAGCAGCUGCUGGACGCAAUAGAUGAAUUUCUGCAGUAUCACAGAAGAAUUGACCAAGUAAUAAUUCGAGCUGAUGGUGAAGGUGACGCAAGGGCUAGCUUUGUUGGCCGCUUGCAGAGCCAUGUGGACGACCUGAAAAAAAUCGAAGGCAUUUCUGGGACUUUGUAA